AGAACAGAAUCAAACAAAGAAACUACCACUUGUUAAGGAGUCGGUGUCCAGUCUCCAUGCUGCCUCUCCUGCAGGUCACCCUCUUUCUCCUCUCCUCCUGCUUCUCAGCAGGAGGAGGCAGCCCCCUCAGUGAAGGCCUGUGGCUGUUGAAGACUGAGUUUGCCCUCCACCUCUACCGGAGUGCAGCAGCAGAGAGAAACGGGACAAACUUUGUCAUCUCACCUGCCAGUGUGUCCCUCUCCCUGGAGAUCCUGCAGUUUGGAGCCAGAGGCAACACUGGCUGGCAGCUGGCAGGGGCCCUAGGAUAUACUGUGCAAGACCCAAGAGUGAGAGAAUUCCUGCACACUGUUUAUACCAUAUUGCACAACUCCAGUCAAGGAAUCGGGAUGGAGCUGGCCUGUACCUUAUUCAUGAAAACCGGAACAUCUCUGUCUCCCUGCUUUGUGGAGCAGGUCUCCCGGUGGGCCAACAGCAGUCUGGAGCCAACUGACUUCAGACAGCCUAAUAGCACUACCACAGAGGCCUCCAAAGUCAUAUCCGGACAGAGCACAGGUGAAGGCCCAGGUAGCCUGAUGUGGGACCAAGCUGGUUCCCUGUCUACUCAACUCUCCAUCGUGAGCACCAUGACCUUCCAAAGUACCUGGCAGAAGAGAUUCUCUUCCGUGGCCUCGAAGCCCCUGCCUUUCACCUGUGCUCAUGGCCUUGUGCUUCAGGUCCCAACGAUGCACCAAGUGGCAGAGGUCAGCUAUGGCCAGUUCCAGGAUGCUGCAGGCCAUGAGGUAGAUGUUCUGGAGCUGUUGUACCUGGGAAGGGUGGCCAGUUUACUCCUGGUGCUUCCCCAAGACAAGAGCACCCCUCUGGACCACAUUGAACCACACCUCACAGCCAGAGUCAUCCACUUCUGGACUACAAGGCUGAAGAGAGCCAGGAUGGAUGUGUUUCUCCCCAGGUUUAGGAUCCAAAAUCAGUUUGACUUAAAAAGCAUUUUAAGAUCGUGGGGUAUCACUGAUCUUUUUGACCCACUCAAAGCUAACUUGAAAGGAAUUUCAGGCCAAGAUGGCUUUUAUGUUUCUGAAGUAACCCACAAGGCCAAGAUGGAGCUUUCAGAGGAGGGCACCAAGUCAUCUGCAGCCACAGCUGUGCUGCUGCUGAGGAGGUCUCGGACUCCUGCUUUUAAAGCAGAUCGGCCCUUCAUUUUUCUUCUGAGAGAACACAGCACAGGGUUUGUCUUCAGUAUUGGGAGAGUUUCAAAUCCCCUUGACUAAAAUAGCAGACCUCAAGAAUGUUUUCUCUAUGUAUGCUUUUCUUCAUAAAUAUUUACAAUUUCUUUUAAGGGUAUGUGAUUUUCAAAUAUUAUUAAUCUAAAAAUAAUUCAAUUAAAAAAAUAAUUUGAA